AUGGUCCAGCUUCUUUUGCAAGCUUUGCUAGCCACGCUUGGCGCAUCUGCCAGCUUGGGGCAGGCGAAGAAUAUUGAUGAGCAUGUCCGAGGGCUGGACAAGCGCGGUUUAUUCGGGCCCAUCUCUACAAGUUCCGCUGCUGGAAUAGCUGGAGGGACUGUAGCCUGUGAUGCUGCUCCCGUCGGUUCCUUUUUCAGCGGGUUGAAACCGCCGUUCCCUACGAACUCGUGGUGGGCGCCUUAUGCUGCUCCUCCGGGAAACGGGACCGCGGCUGGCCCAUUCCCGUACGAGUCUUCUCUAGACGGGUACGGUGUUCUGUUUGGUGUCAGCGCCAACCGGCAGUUUGACGGCACAUCCAUCAAACAGCCAACCCAGGUUGACUGGCGAGCUUCAUUUGUCGAGCACGGGGGCAGCUUUGCAAACCACAAGGCCGUCGCGUUUGACACCCAGAGUGUGACGGUGCAAUACUUCCAGGGGAACGCGCAGCUGACAUCGUACUUGGUUCCCGGGUCACCGUACAUGACGUUUGAGUUUAAGGCAUCUACACCACUGUUCAAGUCUAUGAAUGGCGGCAUAAAAUCUUUCAACGGAAACACCCUGAACGUCGGGGCUAGCGUCAACGUCACGGGCACAACGUUUACAGUGACUGAUACCAAGGACACCACAUAUCUCAUCUACGCGUUGAGCACGGUAACACUGACGGCAACAUCUGAUUCGUCUGCUUCUGGAAGUAUUCGUGCCAACGGUCCUUACAAUGGCGUCAUUCGCCUCGUCAAGCUGGGCAGUGCUAGCCACAAAACACUGCUGGACCAGCAUUACAAAGUGUAUCCUACCUCAGCUGGAAUGGAUUACUCAUUUGCCAGCAAUUCCGGUACUCUCUACUUUAGCUGGACCACCGUCGGUGAUGGAUCCAACUUGUUGAUGUUGACCUGGCCACACCACCGCCUUAAGAUGCAGAGCCCAAACUUUCCCCCCACGAGCAGCUUGGGCUAUCUCACAACAAAGGGUUGGAUGUAUCCUGCCAUUGGCAACCAGUGGCAACUGCGCUACGACUUGUCCUCCAUUACCUGGAACCCGCCUCGUCCGCUCGACUCCUCGUGCUCUUCCAGCGUGACAAAGGGCCUUGAAUACGAGAUUGGCCAGCUAAACGCCUCAAGUGCUCCCGUUCCCGGUGACUUUUACUACUGGGGUGGUACACUUGCCGCAAAAGCCCGACUAGCACUGAUUGCUGAGAACUUGGGUCGACAAGACUUAGUCAAUAAGGUGGUAGACUACCUCAAGGUAUCCUUCAACUACUGGUUCCAGUCCUCGUCGUCCACCCUGCCAGCAUAUGAGACGGCAUGGGGUGGCGUCAUCAACAAGGCCGGUGCCAACAACGUGUAUGUGGACUUUGGAAACGGAUAUUACAACGAUCAUCACUUCCACUACGGAUACUUUUUGAAUGUGGCCGCAGUGAUUGCGAAAUUUGACUCUGGUUGGCUGUCACAGCACAAGGAAUACGUCAACUACUUUGCUCGGGAUAUCAUUAAUCCAUCUCCCCAAGACCCCCAGUUUCCCAUAACACGGUGUCGCAGCAGAGAUCAAGAGUCAUCAGGAGAGGCCAUCAAUGGGUACUACGGAGCUCUCCUGUGGGCAUCUGUGGCUCUUUCCCAAGACUAUGUCAACUAUGCCAAGCUACUCAUUGCCACUGAACAGCACGCGUCCCAAGUGUACUGGCACUUGUAUCCCCAACAAAGCCCGACUGACCGAGACAACCCGUACCCAGAGGCACAGCUUAGAGCCCUGACAACGAUUGGCAACGUGAUGGACUGGCAGUCAGGGGCGUGGCUCUUCUGGGGUAACCAGAAGAGCGAAAUCGCGGCCAUCCAGAUUUUGCCCGUAACACCAGUGUUGUACGAUUCGCAAUGGGUCCAGAACGUGUGGUCAUAUACAAUGCCUGAGCUUCUGGACCCGUCGAUCGGCGACGAAUGGAAGUGCGUGAUCAUUGCAGCAUAUUCAAAUUUUAACCCACAGGUAGCCGCCGAAUGGAGCGGGAAACUGAGCACAUGGGGCUCCGGAAAUACGUAUACCAAUGAGCUCUUCUUUAUCGGCACACGGCCAAAUCCUAGCGGUAAACCCAUUUGCGGCACUCUCCCUCAAAACCCGUAUGGGAAUUUCAAAAUCCAAGAGGCCUCCUCGGGCAAGUACGUUACCGCGUCAGCCUCCAAUACCAACCUCGUAGCUUCCACUACCUCGUCCGGCUCGGCAGCGGUAUUCAAGAGUGCCUAUUUGCCCAACGCCGGAACCUUGCAGCUCACCAGCACAAGUCAAUACGUAACCGCCGACCAAGGGGGCAAAUCGACGCUCGCGGCCAUACGUGGUACGGCGUCUACCUGGGAGACAUUCAUCAUUCGACAGAAGCAGGGAGCCAGUUCAGGGGUCUACUCUAUCAAAGCUUCUAGUAAUGGGCAGUAUGUUACAAUGGCGGGCGAUGGGUCACUUGUCAACAAUGGUGCAACUGAGUCGGCGAGCUCCGGCUUUCGUUUUAUUCAGGCCUAA